AUGGACAUGUUAGCAUUGGAGUCGAUGGAAGAGUUCACAUCCCUCGUCCCAGACAAGUGGGGGAUUCCGUCACUUAGUGAGGCCCAGGUGACUAACAAGAAGAAUUGUCUGGGAGGAGUCGGAGUUUCUAAAGGGAACACUACUCGGGAUGAUAUCCAUGGACUAGAUAUGAUUGUGAUGCCUGGAAUGGCGUUCGACGAGGGGUUUCGAAGACUCGGUCAUGGUAAAGGAUACUAUGAUCAUUUUCUAAGCCGAUACGCCGAGGCGGCUGCCGCGACGACGACGACGAAGAAGAUGCCCUUGCUAGUGGCCCUUUCGCUUCGAGAACAACUGGUGGCCGAAGUACCCGUUACGACCCACGACUGGCGAGUAGACGCUCUGAUUGUUGGCGACAAUCGGUGCCUUGUCCGUCAAGAAGAUUGA